GAGGGAGGAUGUCCGGGGCAUGGGCCUCCCCGCUCCUCGUUCGCCUCUUCUCCUCCUCUCCCACCUCCUCGUCCGUGACCGCCCGGGCUCAAACUCUCUGGCGGGAGCGCUCUGCGUUUUCGACCCUCCACAGGGCCGCACACCACUGCCAAGGGUGCAGGGAGCGCAGAGAGGGGCGAAGCAGCUCGAGGAGGCCAGGCCGAGCCGCUCGCGCGCGCGCGCCAAGCGGCGCGCGGCGGCCCCGGCAAGAGCCGAUGGAGUCGCCCACCGCUCGCCCGCGGGCGGGCGCGCAGGGGGCGGCCCCCCGGGCCGUGCAGGCCCAGGCCCCGGCCGCAGAGGAGCCCGGCGCGGGCAGCCCUCCAGGAGCGCGCAGGGGCCGGGGGAAGAGGGCGGCGCCGCCGCCCCCAGACAUGGCCAAGUUCGAUGCGAUGCAGGCGUACCAGUACGGCAUGAUGAACCCGUACAUGGCCGCGUUCUACCAGAUGGGCUAUCAGAUGCCCCCGUGGGGCUUCGGCAUGGACCCGUCCGCGCAGCCGGCGUACCCCGGGAUGUACCAGGUGGGCUCGUCGGGCUACCUCGGCGCGGGCGGCAAGGGCGCGGCACAGGGCCCAGCGAAGGGGAAGGGCAAGGGCGCGGACGGCAAGGGAGGCGCUGGAGGCGGCGGGAAGGGGAAGGCGCCUCAGAGGGAGGAGGAGGACGAGCCCUCGAAGCCGGUUCAGCCCGAGGAGCUGGACCCGAACAUGUGUGAGACACUGAAGGCAUUCCGGACGGGAGCUAAGACUGACAUCACCCCAGACGAGCUCCUUGGGGACAUCUUGGAGUUCGCGCGGGACCGGGUUGGCCAUGUGGAGCUCCUAAGCUUCCUCGACUCUGCCACGGGCGAGCAGAAGGCCAAGGUGUUCGCCACCGUCGUGCCCGAGGCCAAGGCGCUCGCCUGCGACGCCAGCGGUUGCCAAGUCGUCCAGAAGCUCUUCGACGUGGCCGACGGAGCGCAGAGGAGGAGCCUGAUCGCCGAGCUCCGAGGCAGCUUCCUCCCGCUCACAAAAGAUCCGAGCGGCUGCCGCGUGAUGCAGGCGGCGAUCGAGUACAUGUCGAAGGAGGCGCUGCUGGCGCUGGCCGCCGAGCUGGAGCCGAGCGUGUCCGACUGCAUCUACAGCAUGCACGGCAACCACGUCGUGCAGAAGUGCAUCGAGCAGAUGCACCCCGACACGGUGCAGUUCAUCAAGCGGGCGGUAGAGAGCGAGACCGAGGAUCUGGUGGUGCAUAGGUACGGCUGCCGCGUGAUCCAGCGCCUCCUCGAGCAUUGCCCCCUGCACCACCUGGAGAAGAUGCUGGACCAGAUCUGCGAGGGCGCCGCGAGGUUCGCCAAGGACCCCUACGGCAACUACGUGGUGCAGCACACUCUGCAGCACGGGCGCAAGCAGGACAAGCAGCGCAUCCUGAGGAUCAUUUCCCGCGACAUCCUUUGUGUGCGUCAGGGUGGCAGAGAUCGCCUCUCUCUCUCUCUCGCUCUCUCUCUCUCUCUCUCUCUCUCUUUAGAGCUGCCCCCGAGACACACACAAGACAUCCUGGACUUCUCCGUACACAAGUGCUCCAGCAACGUCGUCGACAAGUGCGUCGAGGUGUCCACGGUGGGAGAGCACGCCCCGGCCCUCGAGGAGGAGCACGCCGCCCUGGUGCGAGCGGUGCUCGGGGAGGAGGGCAGGCGCAACCCGCCGCUGGUCUCCAUGAUGACCGACAGGUUCGGCUGCCACAUCGUGGGCCACCUGCUCGAGUACUGCCGGGGCCCCGAACGCGACGAGCUGGCCAGCCGGCUCUGGGCACACGAGCGACGCCUCAAGCAGUCCGCCGCUGGGCGGCGGCUGCUGGCCUCGCUCGGCCCGCGCACGUGAGCGCGCGAGGCCGCAGCGCGCGGCGCUGCCGCACUCGGGGAGGAGGAGGAG